CGCCUGCAAUUUCUCCCCUUCGCUGCUGCUUCUCCUUUGCCCUCUGCCAUGACUAUCCGCUCGCGGCAUCCUUCCUCCUCUCCCGUCGCCCCGUCGCCUCGCUUCCCGGUCCCCCUCCUCCUCUCCGUCCUCUUCCUCCCCGCUCUCGGCAGUUGCCUCUUCUCCGGCCAUCUGGCGCCUUACGACGCGCUCUACGCCGACGGGGUGCGCGCCUACUUCGCCCAGGACUGGCCUCGGGCGGCCGAGCUGCUGCAGCGCUGCCUGCACAGCUACUCUCGGCUGCAGGGCGUGCGCCGGGAGUGCCAGGGCGAGUGCCAGUCCCAGGCCGGCUUCGCGGCGGGCCGCCCGCCCUCGCGGCCCUGGGAGACGGGCUUCUUCGACCGGGUGCUGCAGCGGGCCGAGUGCCUAGAUGAGUGCCUGGGGCGCCGGCUGGGCGGGCAGCCGUCCCUCCACCGGGCCAGCGCGCAGAUCCGGCAGGACUUCGAGGAGAGGGAGCCCUACAACUACCUGCAAAUCGCCUUCUUCAAGCUAAAGAAACUCGAUGAAGCCGUUUCCUCAGCUCACACGUUCUUCGUGGCCAAUCCACAGCACCUACAAAUGCGCGAGGACAUGGAGAAAUACCGGCGAAUGGCAGGGGUGAAAGCGGAAAGCUUUCGGGACCUUGAAGCCAUGCCACACUGGCUGGGAAUCGGGCCCUCGCUGCUGAAUGUGCAGCUACUUAUUUGCAGUUCUAUCCAUCAGAUGGGGCAUUGCUGGAGAAACUGAAGCAAUAUCAAGCAGAGCUGGGAGAGGUGCCUAUUGCAGCCAGAGAGAAUAUCCGCCACUAUGUGGAGAGGUCUCUUAUGGAGAAGAAACUCAUUUACUAUGCAGUGGAGCACCUUGGGGAAACUUUUAAUGACCCUGAUUCGUGGACCCCUGAGGAAUUGAUUCCUGAAAACAUGAAGGAAAAACAGAAAGAAGAUCAAGAGAAACAAAGGCUGAAAGCCCCAGAUAUGGGACAGCAGGAGCCGAGGGAGCCACUUGCUUUCGAGGGCAUCUCCAUCACCAUGGACUCCCAGCAGCUCAAUGGCUCCCAAAGAGUUGUCUUGGACAGAGUCCUGACUGAAUCUGAAUGCAAAGACAUCCUCCGCCUGGCCAAGGCAGCUGGAGGAACAGAAGGCGGCUACCGUGGCAGGCGUUCGCCGCACACUCCCCAUGAGAAAUUUGAAGGAUUAACCGUGUUAAAGGCUCUGCAGCUGGCUGAGGAAAGCACUGUGAGCUGGAGGGAUGCUAAGCUUCUCUUGCAAGCCAGUGAGAAAUCCCGAAAAAUUGUGGAAUCCUAUUUCACCCCUGGCAAAGACCUCUAUUUUUCAUUCACGCAUCUUGUGUGUCGCACGGCUGCAGAGGGAGAGCAGGAAAGUCGUAUGGACCUCAGCCACCCAGUCCACGCUGACAAUUGUCUCUUGGACCCAGAGGGCAACACGUGUUGGAGGGAGCCUCCUGCCUACAUAUACAGAGACUAUAGUGCAAUCCUCUACCUGAAUGAUGACUUCCAGGGGGGGAACCUUUUUUUCACUGAGAUGGAUGCUGUGACUGUUACAGCCGAGGUGCGCCCGAAAUGUGGAAGGCUGGUGGCGUUCAGCUCUGGCGGGGAGAACCCUCAUGGCGUGUGGGCUGUGACCCGUGGAAGGCGCUGUGCCAUUGCCCUCUGGUACACCCUCUUUCCAGAGCAUGCAGAGCAGGAACGGGCCCAGGCAGAAGAGCUGAUGAGGCAGAAGGAGGCAGAACAGGAACAGUUGCAUUCAGAGGAGGAGGAGCGUGCAGGUGCAGAACCCAGUGGCGGGGACUCCCCAGAGCCCCCAACUCCAAAAGGAAGAGCCAGGUCCACUAGCCAAAGGACCAGGUCAAACUCAGACUCUGGGAUGCAGUCCACGAGGCUGCGAGCCAAAGAUGAAUUCUGAGUACGUUGGACAUGCACAAGCCUUUCAGAUUUUGUAGCAGCUCGUGGCUAGUGAAUGACUUGGGAGUUUUUGCCCUGUGCUAGGCAUUGUGGCAAGGCAGCUUUGCUUCUCCAUGUGGCACCACCAGAAAUUACAUCAGAAGGUGACUUGGGGGUCCUUGGAUCAUGCCCGCCCAAAUUAGCCGGAGAAUCGUUUGGCCCCAACUGGGAUGCCUGUGAACCAGGAAUAAUCCAUGCUACAACUCUCUCAUCUCAGCUAUAGCCUCUCAUCUAUAAUAGGACUGUUGUAAGGGUGACUGAGAUAACAUGAGAAGUGCUUUGACCAUUCUGAAGUGCUAUAUAAAUGUUGAAUAUCA